AUGGGACGACGAAGUAAGGGAAAAAAGAGAGCUUCAAUAGAAAAAAACUCCGAAAGUGUUGAAACAAGUGAAAUCAAUAUAGAAGAGAUCAACGUGGAGAUCAAAAUUUCUUUGAGUCAGCGAGAAAGCGAAACCGCUGAUGUUGCUGCAGCAAGUGAAGAAACAGAAUCCCCAGUGAAGAUCCGAUCACGACUUCCCGUGCCAUGCGCUCUGGGACUCGGUCAUCGUCAUUCAGCUGUAAAACCUAAAAUGGCAUUCCAAAGACCAGCCGUCGAAGAAUCACCUGAUUGCAAAAGAUCGUUGAUCCCGAGAUUAUUACCUGUGCGUAGCCCUUCGAACCAUUCACCUGUGCUUGAGACGGACAACUGUGACGUCAAAAGAAUUGCACAAGAGGCAUAA